AUGACAAUUAGUACAUUACCAAAGAAAUCAGAAGAGAAUGAAAAUCUGCCAUUAAAUCCCAAGCAAAAUCGUCAAUAUAAUAGUCAAAAUGAUAACUUGUCAAAUUCUCAACCAAUAUUACAAAAAAGUGAUCAAAAUCAUUUGAGACAUGCACAAUAUUCCUCAAGUUCAUUAAAUUCAGAUGAGCAAAUAUACCCGUCGUCAAAUCAGUUUCAAAAUCAACUUAGUUUAAAUAAUGGCAAAUUGAAUUCAUCACCGUUACGAAGACCAAAAUCUGGGAAUGCAAUAGAUAAGUUAAGUAACAAUAAUUUGGAGAGUUCACACUAUACAGAAUUUGAAGAGUUCUCAUCACCUAAAAGAAGAGUUUCAUUUUCAGCGAAUGAAUAUCUCAAACUUAAUCCAGAAAAACCAUUAUUCCAAAGGUUAUUAUCCAGUCAUCAUUCAGUCACCAACCCCAAUUCACCACUGGCAACAACUUUGGAUUUUGGAUAUCUGGCUAAUCCAAAUUUUAAUAAAAGUUCAUCAAAUUUGUCAUUACAUCAUCCCCAUCAACCUUCACUUUUUUUAAAUUCGAAUAAUUCAGGAUUAAAUCUAGAUUUAGAACAACAAAGAAGAUUGAGUAUUGUUGAUAUCGUGAAUAAUUUAAGACCUUCUAAAUUAAUUGGUAAUGUAAAACCUUUAUGUAAUUGGUAUGCGUAUUACAAAGAUAAUGUUAACAAGAUCAGGAACAAACAAGUAAGAAAAUAUUACGAAGAACAAAACUAUUUAAUUGAGAAAUUUCAAGAAAUUGAUAAUUUUUUGGAUGCCGGUAAGAUUCAUUACAAUAUGUUAAGUAAUUACAAUGAUUCCAAAAAGUCAAAUAAAGAAACUAAUUCGAAAGCAAUUGCAUUGGAUCAUAUUGAAGAAAUGGACGAACCGUUAAGUGGUGCAACCACUCCAAUUUCAAAUAAUGAAAGACAACAUCUCCCAAAUAUAAGUAAUUUUGACAACUUAAUCAAAAAAUCCGAAUCCGAAAGAACUGAUAACAGCAAUGGAACUAGUAAUGACACCAGUAAUGGUAAUGCUUCUUCAAAAUACUCGCGAUUCUACGAUGUUCCUGGAAAUGUUGCAAACGACGGAUCAAAAUUUUUAGGAUAUAACGAAGAAGAAGAUAACUCGCAGAUUUUGAACGCAAUCUUGGUAAAUUUUUUCAUUAAUGUAGUGUUACUAAUUGGUAAAACGGUAGUAUCAAUAUUAACAAAUUCCUUGUCAGUAAUUGCUUCAUUAUUAGAUUCCAUUUUAGAUUUUUUGUCAACUUUUAUCAUAUAUAUUGUAAAUAGAUUAGCGUCACAGAGCAAUUGGAAAGUUAAACAUUCUUAUCCUAUUGGGAGGUCAAGACUAGAACCUUUGGGAGUUUUGAUCUUUUCAAUAAUCAUCAUCAUUUCAUUUUUUCAAGUUGGUCAAGAAUCAUUCAGAAGACUUUUUUUUAGUACACCGGAACAAAGGAAACCAGCAACUAUUGGACCAGAUGCAAUAGCUAUAAUGACAAUUACAAUUGUUGCAAAAUUUGGAUGUUGGGUGUGGUGUUCUAAAUCUAAAUCUUCGUCAGUUCAAGCCUUAGCUCAAGAUGCAAUGACAGAUGUUGUGUUCAACACAGUUUCUUUAUUGAUGCCAUGGUUAGGUCACAUUUUAAACAUUUGGUGGUUUGAUUCAUUAGGUGCUUUGCUAUUAUCUGUAUAUAUUAUUUUAAAUUGGGGAGGGACUGCAUUUGAACAUAUUAAUAAUUUAACAGGUGCCGUGGCGAAUCAAUUAGAUUACAAAAUCAUCUUGUACUUAGCGAUGAGAUUUGCUGAACCAAUCAAACAAAUUACAGCUCUCAAGGUAUAUCAUGUUGGUGAUAAUUUACAAGUUGAAGUUGAUCUAGUUUUUGCUACUACGGACUCAAAAUUCAAAGAUUUGAGUUUCAAAGAUUGUCAUGAUAUAGCAGAAGCAUUACAGUAUUCGAUUGAAAGUUUACCAAAUGUAGAAAGAGCAUUUGUACAUAUCGAUUACAUGGAAGGGAACUACAAGGGACAUCUUAAAUAG